CACUCACUCUCUCUCUCAGUCUCUCUCUCUCUCUCUCUCUCUCUCUCUCAGUCUCUCUCUCUCUCUCUCUCUCAGUCUCUCUCUCUCUCUCUCUCAGUCUCUCUCUCUGUCUGAUGUUUGUGGUCUCUAGUUUAAAUCUCUUCAGCCCUGCAGCAGGUAAGACUAUUCUUCCUCUGAACAUGUACAUCGGGAGUUUAUUCCGUUUUGUGUCAAGUCAAACUGUUAUUAUAAAUAUUUAUUCCUCUUUCUUUGAAAUGUUACUGAUUCGUUAGAAGAUCCAAACAGACUGUGGGUGUGUUUCAAAAUCUACUUAAGUUACCUACCUAGACAGCAUUUAUAGGGCAUAUUAGGCAUGUUCUGAGUCAAAUGAGCCGGUUCCCAUGACAAUACCACUCACUCUGAAUGUCAAUGCACAUCAAAAAUUUAGGUUGAGACAACUGUGUUUGUUUCAUUUCUUGUUCUGAUUCUAAAGUGUUUGUUCGAAAGUGUACAGAAGACUGACACGAGAACGAUUAAUCAAGCUGAAGUGAAUCGAUUAAUCAAUUAAUGAAUCGAUUCAGCCGCUCUCGCUACAAAACAGUAUUUAAACGGUCGUCUUCAAAUUUUUAAAUGAUAGAAACAUGUCAGGAGUUUAUAGUAGAACCCCUGAUAGCACACAUACAUCACCAGACAUCUGUUACUGUGUGUUUACAUCUGGAAGACAAUAUUUUUAGGUUGUUUGCACAUCUGCAAUAAGUUUAUAUGAUACGUUUAAUCUCGGAUAAGACAUUUAGAAGAUGCCUUUGAGAUGUUUAUAAUUUAGAAUGUUUGUAAAUCUGAUCUUUUUAAGAUGUUUAGCAGAUGUGAAUUAGAUUAUGAUGCUCUCCAGAUCUAAAACAGACAUCUAUGAGAUCUACGUGUGCUAUCUGGGACGUUAACUCGUGUAGUAAAUUUAAUGAGACAGAAAUCAUUCAGAGUCUGGAGCAGUGUUUCCUCUGAUCUAUCGACCUGUGUUUGCGAGUGUGAAAUAAUUGUGUUAGUGUUUGCAUUUUGCUGCAAUAUAUAGUGUCGUGCCUCUGUUGCGUUGUUCAGCAAGUAGAAACAGAACACUCAGUUCACUAUAAUCAUCUUCAUUUCCAUGAACCUAAAAUCACCUCAGGCUCUCCCGUCUGUCCGUCUCUCUCUCUCUCUCUUUUGUUUCAAUGUCAUUUUCGCUCUCUGUUUUAUUUAUGAGUAUGAUCUCAUUUAUUUCAUAGCUCGUCGCUGGAAGGACAUGCACUGACAACAACAAUAUUUAAACAGUCUGUCUCUCUUCAGGAUGUGUGGUAUGUCUGUGCUUUUGGAUGAUGGUGGAGGCGAUGAAGACUUUGAUGUUGAUGAUGGGAUACGGAUGCUGCCGCCUCCUCCAGCACAGUGUGACGGGGGGGUGUGGGGGGCCCGGCGGGGUCGCUGCGGGUGUGUUUUGUGGGCACUGGUUCUGCUGCUGUGGAACGUGAUGUUGGUGCUGGUGUGUGUGGGCCUGAUGGUUCUGGUGUUCACUUUCGUACUGCUGCCCGCCGCUCUGCUGCUGUACGCCGGCUUCCUGUGCCACUCGCGGGUUCUGGCAUCACCGACUCCUCUCUGCCGUUACCUUGACGAUAACAGUUGCUCCGCCCUCAUCAUCCUGGGCUUUAUUAUGAUGUCACCGUUGGUUGUGGUCGCUGCGGCGACAUUCUGCGCUCUUCUCAGGAGACUCCACCUCCUCUUAUAUUUUCAGCCAAUCACAGGAGCUUGGUACAGAGGGCGGGGCCUGGGCUGGAGGUGGGACAUCCAUGCUUGGGUUUGACAGACAGACACACCCACCAAUUUCAGGUCAGUAUUCAGGAUGAUCUCCAGUUAUAACCUCUCUAAUCCUAAAGGUCAAGGGGAGAGAGAGGUCAGGGGACAGCGACGGCGUUACUGUAAACCUACAGUAAACCGAAACAAAAUCACGUAACACACUUGAACUCUUUCAAUGUUCAUCCGUGCACCACCAACACAUUGCUCUGGUAAUAUUUUUACCUUGUUUCAGAGGAUUCCAUGAAGACUUUGUUAUCUCAAGAACACAUCUCAGAGAGAAUUUGUAAAGCCUCGGUUAUUUUCAGAACUAAUUUCAGGGGCCUGGGUAUCUCAGCGAGUAUUCACGCUGACUACCACACCUAGAGUCGUGAGUUCGCUUCCAGGGUGUGCUGAGUGACUCCAGCCAGGUCUCCUAAGCAACCAAAUUGGCCCGGUUGCUAGGGAGGGUAGAGUCACAUGGGGUAACCUCCUCGUGGUCGCUAUAAUGUGGUUCUCGCUCUCGGUGGGGCGUGUGGUGAGUUGUGCAUGGAUGCCGCGGAGAAUAGCGUGAAGCCUCCACAUGCGCUACGUCUCCACGGUAACGCGCUCAAUAAGCCACGUUAUAAGAUGCGCGGGUUGACGGUCUCAGAUGUGGAGGCAACUGAGAUUUGUCCUCCACCGCCCGGAUUGAGGCGAGUCACUACACCACCACGAGGACUUAGAGCGCAUUGGGAAUUGGGCAUUCCAAAUUGGGGAAAAAAGGGGAGAAAAAAAAGGGACUCAUCUCAGAGAGAACUUCGUAAAGCUUCUGUUAUCUUUGCUGGCUGUGAGUUUUCACAAGAUUUUGUUGUAUUUUUCACAAGAAAUUCUACGUGUUAAAGGAAAGUUACUGAAAAUGAUUUUAAUUAUUAUGAAAAGAUACCAGAUUGAAGUCAUUUUUAUUUGAGCAGCACUUUUCACAACAAACAUCCUGUAAAUUAUACUGUAAUAGAAAAUGAAUAUCUGUAAUGUCGUAAAGUCAUCAUUGUGUGUUUUGAUGAGAAACGUGAUUGUAGAUUAUGCAUCAAAAAUAUAAUUUUCUUUAAGUCUUAAGACCCCCAGUGAACAAGCCAAAGGUGAUUGCCAAGGAACACAAAACUGCAUAAGAUGUAGUUAAUGGGGAAAAUAACCUCGGGUGUGUGGAUGAACACAACAGUUGCUAUAAUGUUUUUAUCUUGUUUCUGAGGAUUCUGUGAAUCUUUGGAUAUCUUCCAGUGCUUCUGCUGGCUGCGGCUUUUCUCGUGAUUUAAUUGUAUUUCUCAUGCAGUUGCUAAGUAUUGAUGUAAAAUUGCAGUAUUAUCAUCCUAUUAAAUUUAAUAAUUGUCUUAUCACAUGGCAUCAUGACAUGUAUGUUUAUAUGCUUUUUUUCUGCAAAUGUGCAUGUUACAUUUAAUCUGAUAGUUGUUACAAACAAACACACUUGAAGAAUUUUAU